AUGAGUGUGGAGGACGGAGCUAAACUCUACGACAUCUGCCCUCACGUCAGCGACUCGGGCUUGUUCUUCGACGAGACGUACGGGUUCUACCCGGGCCAGGUCCUGAUCGGCCCGGCCAAGGUCUUCACCAACGUGACGUGGCUGUCGGGGGUCAAACCCGUGCUGGGCCGGAAGUGCAAGUUCCGGGUGGUGGUGGAGGAGGUGAAGGUCGUGGAGCUGAAGGUCACCUGGAUCACCAAGAGCUACUCGCCCAAGGGGUCGGACAGCGUUUACCCGCCGGCCUCCACCAUCACGCAGGAGAACCUGUGCAGGGUGCGGCGGCUGGGCUACUACGACCACACCCAGCGACAGCUGGGCGAGCGUUCCCUCUACGUGUUUCCUGCCAAGGGCGACGCCACCAGGAUCACCUGUGAGGGACCGGAGGGCCCGGUUCUGCCGGAGGACCCGGUCGCCAGGAAGCUCAAGCGGAUGUUCAAGAAGGAUUCUGGGAAGAAGACAGAAAACGCUGAUGCACAAGGCGACCACAAGCCGGAGCAGCCAGACCCGUCCCAGUCCAACAACAACGGGCCGGUUCAGAACUCUGUGGAGAACCAGAACCCCCAGAACCUCCAGAACCCCCAGAACCCCGACGAGGGGGCGGAGCUCGGGGAGCAGGACGCCGACGACGAGGCGGCCGAGGACACGGACGACACCAGCUCCCUGACGUCGUCGGCCAGCUCCACCGCCUCGUCCCAGAGCGGCGGCCUGGGAACAAACCGCAAGAAGAGCAUCCCGUUAUCCAUCCGCAACCUGAAGAGGAAGCACAAGAAGAAGAGGACCAAGUUCUCCCGCGAGUUCAAGCCCGGGGACCGGGUGGCGGUGGAAGUGGUGUCCACUAAGACCACGGCGGAUGUGAUGUGGAAGGACGGCCGGGUGGAGAAGGGGAUCCGGUCCAACGAGCUCAUCCCCAUCCAGCACCUGGACGGACACGAGUUCUGCCCCGGGGACUUCGUCGUGGACAAGAGACCCCAAGCCCUGCAGGACCCGGGCGUCUACGGCGUCAUCCAGUCGGGCGACCACAAGGGCCGGACCUGCGUGGUGAAGUGGAUCAAGCUGAACUCCAGCAGCGACGACGUGGAGGUCACCGGCGUGGAGGACGACGUCAGCGUGUACGACAUCGCCGACCACCCGGACUUCCACUUCAGAACCACCGACAUCGUCAUCAGGAUCUGGAACUCGGAGGUCGGAGAGAACGACUGCGAGAACGAGACGUCGGUGGGCCAGGUGUACCGGGUGGACGUGAGCAGCAAGGUGGAGGUGGUUUGGGCCGACAACUCCAAGACCGUCGUCCUGCCGCAGCAUCUCUACAACGUGGAGUCUGAGAUCGAGGAGACGGACUACGACUCUGUGGAGGAGACGAGCAGCGUCCUGUCCACCGAGGAGUGGGAGGACGAGAGCGACAGCUGGGAGACGGACAACGGCCUGACGACCGAGGACGACGGACACGUCAACAACUCUGACAUCAUCGACACGGCCACGCCCACCCCGACCCCCACGGGGGCCUCGGCCUUCAUCAUCCCGCCGUCGCCGGGGGACGCCCGGGACAGGGACAGGGGGGACGGAGUCCCCAGCCCCGCCAAGGGCCCCCCGGGGGAGGACGGAGACGUGGCCUCGCCGGCGUCUGGAGCACCGACUCCCGGGGCGGCGGUGAACGGGGCGGAGAAGCCCAGCAAGGACGGCUCGUCCCGGGGCUUCAGGGAGCUGAAGGAGGCCCUGAAGAUCCUGGAGAGCCUGAAGAACAUGACGGUGGAGCAGCUGUGGACGGGCGGCUCGCCCACCUCCCCCACGGCGGCCGAGCCGGCCUCGGCCAGCGUGGCCAGCCCGGCCCCGGCCGCCCCCGAGAAGCCCACCAAGGAGAAACGCUUCCUGGACGACAUCAAGAAGCUGCAGGAGAACCUGAGGAAGACGCUGGACAACGUGGCCAUCGUGGAGGAGGAGAAGAUGGAGGCGGUGGGGAGCGCCGGGGCCGAGGCGGAGCGGCCCGGCGAGGAGAAGCCCCAGCAGGAACCCGGGACCCCGGUGGGCGGGCAGGACUGGCCCAGCGAGUUCCUCAGCGAGACGCCGGUGCUGUGCCAGCAGAGCGGAGGGAAACCCGGCGUGACCUUCACCAGCGCCAAGGGGGAGGUGUUCUCCGUGCUGGACUGGGCUCCGGACACUCACUCGUUCAAGAAGAUGGAGUUCCAGCCGGCCGAGGCCAAGAAGUUCUUCAGCACGGUGAGGAAGGAGAUGGCUCUGCUGGCGACGUCGCUGCCUGACGGCAUCAUGGUGAAGACGUUCGAGGACCGAAUGGACCUGUUCUCAGCUCUGAUCAAGGGCCCGACCCGGACGCCGUACGAGGACGGGCUGUUCCUGUUCGACAUCCAGCUGCCCAACAUCUACCCGGCGGUGCCGCCGCUGUUCCGCUACCUGACCCAGUGCAGCGGCCGGCUCAACCCCAACCUGUACGACAACGGCAAGGUCUGCGUCAGCCUGCUGGGCACCUGGAUCGGCAAGGGCACGGAGAGAUGGACCAGCAAGUCCAGUCUGCUGCAGGUUCUCAUCUCCAUCCAAGGCCUGAUCCUGGUGAACGAGCCGUACUACAACGAGGCGGGGUUCGACAGCGACCGCGGGCUGCAGGAGGGCUACGAGAACAGCCGCUGCUACAACGAGAUGGCUCUGAUCCGGAUGGUGCAGUCCAUGUCGACGCUGCUGAGCAGCCCGGUGGACGUGUUCCGCCAGGAGAUCCGGGACCACUUCAGCUCCAGCGGCUGGAGGUUCCUGCACCGGCUGGAGGCCUGGCUGGAGCUGCACGAGGCCGCGGAGCGCGCCGCGGAGCGGGCCCCGGGGGCCCCCAGGGGCCUCCGCGACCGUGCCCCGUCCGUGGAGCCGCUGGACGAGCAGGCGGAGGAGGCCGGGCCCAAGGCGGUGGCCCACAGCAGCCCCGAUGGGGCGGCGGGGGCCACGGGCCCCCCGGGGCCGGCCCUGGCCGUGGGCAGCAUCAUGGAGGAGGAGGAGCUGGAGGAUUCGGGGCUGGGGGCCUCAGGGCUGGGGGCCUCCACCACGGCCGUGCAGGAGCUGAGCCAGAGCUCGGACUUGGACAGCACGCAGGGCAGCGGCUCCCUGGGGGGCCCGGCGGCCCGCGCCGGGGCCUCAGAGCCGGGCCCCGGCCCCGGGGCCACCGCGGCGUCGGCCGGGGGCCAGCCCGUGGUGCGACCAAAGAAACGGAGGAAGAGCUACCGCAGCUUCCUGCCCGAGGGCAGCGGCUACCCCGACAUCGGCUUCCCGCUCUUCCCGCUGUCCAAGGGCUUCGUGAAGAGCGUGCGCGGCGUGCUAGCGCAGUACCGCGCCGCGCUAGUCGCCGCCGGCGUCCCCCAGCACUCCGAGGACAAUGACACGUCAGAUGAGUGUGAUGGAUAAAAGGGGGCGGGGCUCAGACUCGCUCCCGCCCCGCUUUAACCAACGACCUGCUGGAGCCGCAACCGAGUUGAAACGUCAUCUCUCCAUGAAAGCAGGUGAAAAACACGAAGGAUACGACGAGCCGGAGCUUCUGCCGGAGCUGCUGCCGCGACGGAGCGGAGGACGACUGAAGGAAAGAGAGAAACCUGUGCCAUGAACCCCUCCUCCCCCCCGACCGACGCCCAGCGGCUCCGCUGGGCGACCACUGCCCCCCCCGCGGACCAAACUGUAACCCCCGCCCCCCCCACCUUCCCCCCCGCGGACUCUUGUAGCACCGACCCACGUUUCCAUCCCGCGCUAGAACCCAGCGAGUGAACCAACAACCGGGCCGGACGCUUCCUGCCAACGCUAGCCGACCACGUUUACACGCGACCACCUGCCGGGGGCGGAGCCUCAGCGCUGGGGGCGGAGCCUCCACGCCCCCCCCCCCCCCCCCCCCCCCUCCACCUUCUAAGGAAUUCAACAAAAGCUGGAACUUUGUGCUUUUGAUUUUUGAGGCAUUUGAGUUUGUUUUUUUUCUUUCAGAGGUUGAAAUGUUUUGAGUGUUGAGAGUUUUACCCACAAUGCAAAGCUACAUCGCUGCACACGAUGUUAUUUAGCGAUUGAAACCAUUCCUGCAUCCAUUCCAUCGUCCCCCGUCGACGUGUUGCCUUACUUGAAUCGUUUGUGCACGGCUGCUUGUGUCACGCUUUACUCGUGCACCGACAACGACCACUUCAACGAAAAAAGAGGAAAAAAACGGUCUUUCCCCGUCUCUCCUCCCGUCUCUCCUGCUCUGUUUUUGUUUUAUUUGGGGGGGUUUCGGUCUCCUGGUUGCAGUUUUCCGUAAAAAAUCUCCAGGUUUUCAGUUUAGUUCGGCCGAACGAGCGACUGGACGAAAACUGACGGCAGAUUUUCUUCUUCUUCUUCAUCACUAAACAUUCAUGAAUCAGGGUUUCGGGGUCCACUCGGUCUUCCUGUGGAACCAUCAGUCUUGUUUACAUCCCCCCCCAACGAGCGCUAACCGCCGUCUCAGCCGCGUUUUACUUGAACAGAUUCUCCGACGCUGACGUGUUUUCCUGGCAAAAGCUCGGAAAGACUCGAAGAUUUUCAGAAAGGAGUUUUGUUUUUUUUGUUUUGUUUUUGCUUCGUCUUCCACAUUCGGAUCCGUGCCGGACUUUACUUUCUGCCUUCAGCUGCAGCCGCGGCGCUACGGCUACAGCCUUCUUUUUUUAAGUAUUAUUUUUUUAUUUUGUGUUUGUUUUUUUGCUCUUUUGCUUGCGUCAUCGCUGCUCGUUUCUCGGAGGAACUCGUUUUUCGCCUCUCCGCUUCGGCUCCUGAGACCGAAUCGCGCCGAAGCGCAAAGGUUCGUCCUCCGCCAGAAACUAGACCCGCUGCUUCGGCCCUUCUCCUUCCUACAUGAACAGAAUAAUGUGAAGCUUCAGUUAAAGUCUGGCAGGAUUUCAACCCCAACGAUGUACAAUUUUCCGUGUAUAUUCUUCAGAUUCCAACCAUUGUUAACGAUUAUUACUGCAAGACGUUUGUUUUUCAGCCAAAGCAUGUAACAUGUUGCUUUAAGCCGCGACGGCUGCACACAAAGACUUGACUGUACGAUGUCUACAUUUCCACAGUGGCCUGUUAUUGAUAUGAUAUUUAAAAAGAAUUAAUAAAGUUUCAGUUUGUAGCCUGAUUCCUUCUGUACAGUCACCACCACCAUGAUGAAAUAUAAAACUAUACAAACCAGAUAUAUUUAACACAAACUUCAGAGCUAAUGAGUCUCGUAGCUUGGGACAUAAUGUGUAUUGUACUUAAGAUCUCACUUCUCUUUUCUUUUUUUAAUGGUUUACUUUUGUUGCUACAGAAGACUGUAUAGUGAUGUAUUAAAGUUUGCAAGCAGUACCAGAGAAACACCGUGGCCUCAUUUAUUUGGACCUGGAGGCAAAUAAACCCCAAAAAAUA